UAUUUCAAAAAGUCGCAUAAGAAAAGUCGACUUUUCAUUAAUUGCAAAAAUUCCUUAUAUUUAUGUGCAAAGUCCCGCCCAUAAUAGGGAAUAAAUGUGUUUGUCUCUUAACCUCAACAAUGUAAAUUUAAGUGGGGCAAUAAAUAGGAACCUCGAAUUUGUGAACAUUUUUGUAUGGUUCUUGAUAACGGUUAUUUUAACGACCAACAUUCAUUUAGUAUUACAUAGUUGCAUUUGGUAAAUCACUAGAAUUUAACAUACAAAGUGAAUGAAAACUAAAAAAGAAGAAGAUGUAAACAAAAAAAUUUCCUUUGUUUUGCUUAUCGCAAAAUCUUGUUUUUUUCGAAGAAAUAUUAUUAGUUGAACUAAUUAAAUGCGCUUUGUUUUAUAGACAACGUUAACAGUAAUACAAAAAGGAUAUGUUUACAUUUUAAUCAAAAUUAACCAAACAUUGUCAAUAUGGCGAACAAUGAACGCGAUAAAAUCUUUAAAUCAUGGUCGGGUAUCAGUGAAAUUGCCCUCAUAAAGGAAGUGGCUACCAAGGGAGAAUACAUACAAUUAUGCAUACAAUAUUGGGCACGUAAACGUAAAAUGUCUGUGACCGAAUAUGAAUUAUUCUUCCAUGAUGUUGUGCAAACCUAUGUGAAUCGUUUGUUAACGGAACGUUUAGUAUGUAAAGCAGAAAAUGUUCUGCGUAAUGUACAAAGAGACGUAAAAUGUUUUUACUAUCAAUUCGCCUGCGAGUCCAAUGAUCCGGAAUUAAGAGAACUUUUAAUGGAACAUUUGAUGAAAAGAGAACCCUGUGAUGACUAUGAACAAUUAAUGCAAAAUCUAAAAUUUCAUUGGGAACUGUUGCAACAAAUAAAACAAUCAGAAACUAUUAUGGGCAAUAUAAAGCAUAUGAGACGUGUUAAUUUAGAAUCGUUAAUGUCCUUGGAUUCGGCUACUCAACAAAGACUUAUGAUAGAGUUAUAUUUUGAGACUUAUAACACAAGUCUUCUGCAACAUAUUAAUAAAUUUGUUAUGUGGGACUUUUUAGUUGAAACUAAACAGCUUGAAGAGAUUAUACGUUGGUGUCGCAUACAACUUAGCCCCAAAGAUCCCCAACCUAUUAAAAAUCUAACAGAAUUGGAAUUGAAAUAUUCACAAUGGACUUUGGAAAGAAUGUAUAAAUAUGCUUUACGCUCGCUACAAGACAUUAGCGAUAAUGUUCUAAGAAAUUAUUUUGCUUCAGCUGGUUAUUUCUUUGAAGAUGAAAUAAAUUCUGUACCAAUAGUAUUACAACGUAUCAGUCUGACAGAAAGCUUUCAACAAAACAACGAUAAUAUACAAUCUUUGCCAUUAGCUCGUUUUAUCUUCGAUCAAAAGCUUUACUAUUUGUUACUAUACGAUUUUGUGGGUCAGCGUCAACUUGAAGAGUUAUCUGAACUGUUAAGCGAACAUAGGCCUUUGUUGAAAUUUCUAGUGGCUUUAAAGGCUAAUUCUUUUCAGAAUUUAGAAGGAUUUAAGGAGAUAAGCUUUUAUGCUACAAAAUAUUUAGAAAGUGUUGGCGUUGAUUUUGAACAAGAACAAGCACUUGCUACUCUAUUUGAGUUUCUUACGACCGAACCUUCCAUAUCGAAUUUACAAUGUUCGGCCACUUCAGGCACGCUCAAACCACUGACCUAUCUUAAAAUCAUACAUCAUCAACAAAGCGAAACAACAAAUACUAUCGAACAGGGUCUACCAAAUGUUUAUGAUCUUUUGAACACCUUUAAAGAACUCGAUUAUAAACGUCUAACAAAAGAUGCCAAUUUAUAUGGAAAAUUUUCAAGUUUUUCGGAACAACCCAAACAAGAUGGUAAAACAAUACUACCGUACACUUGUCGCUUAAACUUUUUACACUAUAUCAAACAGUCGCGUUGUUCCUAUGCGGUUUAUUUGAUGCUUUUGGAACAAUUGCAAAAUUAUGCCCAAAUUACUGAGACGCAUCUUUUCAGCGCCUGUGAAUGUGUCUAUGAUAUGGCGCUACAAUCUUCAUCUUCCGAUACAGAAGUUAUUACACACUGCAUAGCAUUUUGUGAAAUGCUGGGCUUCGAUACGCAACAGCUACGUUGUUUUUUAAAACUCAAGAGAUGUCUUACAAGUGGUGUCGAGGGCAACGGUCAGCACUCACAAAAUAUAGUUUCUAUACUACAAAAAUCAGAACGUUUUUUAAUACAACGUUUGGAAAAGGAACGUUUAUUUCCCUUGACUGAUUACUCGGCCAUAAUGUGUGUUAAUGCUAUAGCAAAGAGCGUGAAUAAUACUGGCAGUGAACAAGUGUCUUUGGUAAUGCAACACUAUGCCGCACUUAAUGAUUAUUGGCGCCUUUUGGUGCUAUUGCAAUAUUUUGAAAUAUCAUUAGACCAAAUUAAACAGUUGGUUAAAUAUUUCACCAUACAACCAAUGGGUGAACAUUUGCUAAGGGCCUUGGCCUUUGCUACACAAAUAAACGAGCGUAAUACAGGAAUUAAGCGUCGCACAAGUCUAACAAGACGUCAACUGAAACAAAAUAAACAGCGUAGAAAGGAAAAUAAAACAGGUGUUACCACCACCUCCAUGGAAACAAUGACAUCUUCGUUUGCUUCUUGCCAUGAAUCAGCGAGUAUUGUUAAUGAUCUGGAACCCAACAAUGAUCGUUUUGUAGCCGACUGCAGUAAUGGUGGCCCCGAUCUCUUUGCUCUUAUUAUACUAUUUACAAAUGCCAACAAAAGCAAUGAUAAUGAAAAAAUAGACGAUAUAAACAAAUUCCUCGAAUAUAUGCAACAAAAACAUGAGCGCACAACGACAUCAACUGUUGUUAACUAUUUAAGGACAGCGGUGGAACAACAAUUGCCCAUAAUGGCUGUUUUAGCAGCCUCAAUAUAUGUUAAAGAUAACUGCAAUUUGGUAUGGUGUUGGCUCGUGUGGUUAGCGGUGACUACCAAUCAAUGGAAUAAUGUUUUAAGAUUGGCAGUGGGUAUUAAUAUACAUUCAUUUCCCUGGAAUCUUAUAGAACAGUUAGUAAGACAGUGCCAAAUAAAAACUUUAGUGCGCAGCUUUUAUAUUUUUUAUCCUCAAAACGCUUUAAUACAUCUCUUCAAUUUUAUGCAUCUAACUUUACAAGGUGAAUUUGGUGAUAAAGCUGUACAUGAGCUACGUUUGUAUGCUUUGGCCUGGAGUAAUGAUGAAGUGCGUUUACCACUGAAUCCCUGGUCAAAACGGGAAAAACUUAUGAAACGAACAAUAUGGCUUUUACUUUCACAUUUAAAGAAUAAUUUCGAAUCCAUUACGGAUCAAAUGAAAUUCCUUACAUGUGUCUGUCAAUCUGGUCUCAGUGAUAUAACCUCUCAGCUAGACUUUUGUUUAUUAAGGGGUUUCUGUGAAAUUCUGCAAUUGGCUGGUAACGGAGCCACACAAAGAUUCCCCUUAAACUUUAUAGAAUUGAUACAAAACGAGUCGGGAGAAAACAAAGAAUAUGAACGUGUGUUAAAUUGUGUGCUGGCCGCAAAAGAAUAUGACAUUGCCAUACGUUUGGCCACCCAUUUACACAAGCCAAUCAGUGAUAUUGUCUAUAGCAAAUGGGUUAACUCUUUAGAAUUGCAAUUGUCUUUGCCCACAAUGGAAAAUUUUGAUAAUUAUAAAUUUCCCUUUGAGCAAUAUGAACAAGAGGUUGCCGCACACUCCUUGCCACCGGAAACGUUAGUAAACUUUCUGCUUUACGCUUCCUCGCGCUUGCCUACGCAAGCUUUCCGUUCACGCUACUAUGUACUACAAAAAGCUCUUAAUGUUAUAAAACAUCAUCACUUAUUUCCGAAUGAAUCCUUUGAUCGUGAUCAAAUAGAAUAUGAUAUGAUUAUAAACUAUCUUUUGCUGGGAGAGGAAGAUGCCGCCACACUGACUUUGUAUCAUUCCGAAUAUUAUGAAGAAAUUAUGUUAUCUGAAAGAUGUGUUCUCUACAAAUCAUUUCUGGAAUUGAAGGAAUUGGCUGGCAUAGAUGAUUUGAAUAUAAGCAGCAAAAUCGUUUUAAAUAAUACUCAAAAAAAUCGUUUAGAAUCUUUAUUACAUCGUCUGCUAGAUGACGGCGAUAUAGUUGAGGCCCUACGACUCCAGGAACUCUUUGAUGUGCGUCCUUUGGAUUUGCGUUUUGUGGUAUUUUGCAUGGCUUUGGCCGAAUCUAUGUCAAAUAUAUACGCUAUGUCGCCAGAUGAACGACAGCUUUUGGCUGAGAUAGAACGUUCCUCAUUUUCCAAAUUUACAAAACGCACACUUUGCGCCACUUCAGGCGGAGGUAGUGGUAGUUAUUUAUCAGACAGCUGCUCGACCUUAGAAUUCGAAGAAAUACCUUCAAAAGAAAAGCAAGAAACAUUGGCCGUCCUCCAGGGUAUAGCGUCGAAAUUAAAAUUUGGCGUUACCAUUGCCAAACGAGUCAUUUGUUGCUAUCGCGCUGCCAUGUAUUUGGACAAAGAAUACUUAGAUGUUUUGCGCACCAAAGAUGUGCAGAUAUUAUUGCAGAGUAUAGCUGAAGAGGGUUGCUUGCACCGCCUGUUAGUAGUCAGUGAUAUAUUGACUUCUACUCAUAUGGAACCUCAAGAAAUUGCCGAACUAUUGGCCUUUGAAAUCACUACUGCCGUUGUACGACCACGUUUCUAUAUCUUCAGUCCAGACCAGCAAGCUAAACAUAUGUUCCGUAAUGCCGAUCUCUGGGGUUAUAACAUAGAUAGAGAUUUGCAUUUAUUUCUCGAACUAACACCCGAUCGCACUAAGUUAGGCGCUUGCCUGUUGGAAUAUUGUGAUGCUUUAAAAUUGUACCGUAAAUAUCAGGACAACAAGCCAUUUGAAAAAAAUGUAUAUUUCGAACGUUUGGCCGAAAUUAUAGCACAAUACGGUCAACCUAAUAGCAGCGGCUCAGGAAAUAACAACAACAAUUCCAAUAACAAUGAUGCCAAUCAAGCUGCACGGCCUCCCCAAGUAUUAUCACAUAAAAAACAGAACAUCAUUUACGUAGAACUCUUAAUCAAAGCCCAUCAAGCGUUUGUACACGAAUGUUCCAUGGAGGGUAUAGCAAAUGUCCUAAAUCGAGCUAAAGUUUUAAAUUCAAUACUUGCCCAAGCGAAAUCUUGGUCCUUGAUAGUGCGCAUGUUAAUAGGCAUUGGACGUUAUCGCGAAAUGUUCUUUUGUUUCGAUACUCUUAUAGAAAAUGAACAAUUUGAAUCUCUACUGGGACAGUUUGAUGUCGAGAAGACUAUUGGUUUGAGACAAGCUAUUUUAGCUUAUCUACGUGAAUAUUGUGAUCCUCAGCAGGGUAAAGAACUUUUUAACUUAGCCGCUCUAAACUUCUUGAUGUACAAAGACUUGGCCGAGUUAUGGGAACAAGAUGCUGCAGAAAUAUUGAAUAAAAUUUAUAACACAUACCACUUGUCUGAUGAUGUCGACUGCAAAUUAACAAAACUUAAAUGUAAUUCGGAUAUGAUUAAUCUACUUAAUUCAUCACUGGAAUAUUAUGUACAUGCUACCGAAAAUUAUUUGCUAGACAAUAAGCUUUUGCUGGCUCAAAAAAGUGCCUCGCUAGCUGAACUAACAGCCAUGCAAAUAGAUUUGGCUAAUAGAGCUUUAGAAAAAGCAACAUCGCCAGGUGGUCUUCAUCUCUGCAUAUGCGUGAUAAACCUUAAAACGAGGGAACAAUUUAAAAUAUUGGUCAACAAUGAAUUAAGUGUAUCUCAAACAUUAAUUCUAAGUCGAGCUUAUGCAUACGAUAUCAAUUGGUCGGAAGCUUUAAUAUAUCAAUUUGUUAUAAAAUUAAAACGAUCAUACUUGAACGAUUUCUUACAACAGGUGGAUAUAACCGAUGAUAUUAUUGAAAAUGCCAUAAAAUGUUUUCAAUUACAAUGUAAUCAACAGACAAUAAGCAAAGAAAUGGAAGCACAUAUUACUGAACUGAUAGAUUUGGUGCAAUCAGUUACACUCAAAUAUAAGCUAGCAUCUCUACUGACUCUCAAAACGACAAUAUUAUCUUUAAUUAAUGAUCAAACUAUCCACUAUCUAAGAGAUAUGAAAUUUGGUCGCAGAGAAGAAAAUCGAAAUACUUAAAAGAAAAUUAAAAAUUUAUUAACCAAUACAAAUGAAUUAUGCUGCAAUUAUCUUAUAGAGAAUAUAUGUCUUCAUUUUAUAAAGUUUAUAAUAAUUAAAUAUUUUUUAGUAAUACAUAAAUAAAUUAUUUACAUAUUUGUUA